AUGAGCCGACUCACAGGAUGGUUCCGCUCCGGCGCGAAACCCGGCAGCGGCGCCGAGUCGCCCUCGCCCAUGGACAGCAUCGCCAAGGAGAAGGAGAAUCUGGUCGAGGCUAUGAAAUGGGUCGAGCUCAUCAUGAACGACGACAUCGACGGCGCCUGGGAGAAGCUGCAGCUGGGCGACUCGUCCUUCCACGAGAUGGGCUCCGCCGUCGCCUUCUUCAUGCGCUCCGUCCUGGGCUUCGAGAAGCAGGUCAUGACCGAGGCCACGGCGAGGCUCAACGACUGCGAGAAUAGGGCCUGGGCCGACCUCAAGCGCGCGCAGAAACACGGGCCCGCGUACAACGGCAGCCAGCUGUAUCCACCGGGGACCGAGUACGAGCUGAUCAUUGCUGAGACGCAGCUCAUGGGGGCCGUCGUCGGCGUGCUGCAUGAGAGUCUGGUCGAGGCCAUGCGGAGCUUCUACAAGCUGCGAAAGGCGUUUCUGACGCUCGAUGCCAUCGUGGCGUCUGAGGCGAAGAUCUUUGGCAAGUCGCCGGCGGGCUCGUCUCGGACGUCUCUGGCCGAUGCAUUACCCGUCUCGCAGCUGGAAAGGCUGAACCUGGGCAAGCUGGAGGGUGCGUCCAAGGAGAGCCUGCGGUCUAAGGAUUCCGAUUUGAGCUCCGACCUGGAGCUGGGCAACCCCGUCGACAAGUUCAUCCAUUCCGGAGCCAACAUGUGCUUUGGAGUUCUCCUGCUCAUCCUCAGCCUGAUCCCGCCUGCAUUCUCGCGCAUUCUGUCCGUCGUUGGCUUCCACGGAGACCGUUCGCGGGCCGUCAAGAUGCUCUGGAAGUCAGCCGUGCACUCCAACAUCAACGGCGCUGUCGCCGGCAUGAUGCUGCUGGUGUUUUACAACGGUCUGCUCGGAGCCGCCGAUAUUCUGCCAGACCAGAAGGACUACGAUGACGAUGCCGAAGCCGUGGGACCACCGAUUGAGAAGUGCGAGAAGCUACUGGCCGACAUGCGAGCCCGGUAUCCGGACUCGCGCUUGUGGAGAGUGGAAGAGUCGAGAAUGCUCGCCAACGAGCGCAAGCUCACCGAGGCGCUGGAGCUGCUCAAGACCGGCAAGGAGUCCAAGAUGAAGCAGGUUGCUGCUCUGAACAACUUUGAGCUGUCUCUCGACGGCAUGUUCUCCUAUGAAUGGGAGCUCAUGCGCGAUUCAUUCUUGAAGUGCCUCGAGGUCAACGACUGGAGCCCGUCAAUGUACUAUUACAUGGCUGGUUGUGCGUCCGUGGAGCUGUACCGAGAUGCAUUCCACGCAGGCGACAAGGACGAGGCGAGGCGGCAAAAGACCAAGACCGAGGAGUUCUUCCGCAAGGCACCGACGGUGAUCGGCAAGAAGCGGUUGAUGGCACGCCAGCUGCCUCUGGAGACCUUCUUACAGCGCAAAAUCCAGAAGUGGGAAGACCGAGCCAAGGCUCUGGGCGUUGACCUGGCGGAUGCAAUUGGCUCUAGUCCGGCGCUGGAGAUGUGCUACGUAUGGAAUGGACAGAAGCGUAUGGGCCCGGAACAGUUGGAAAAGGGCCUUGACUAUCUGAGCUGGGAGCGGUGCACGGCCAGUAAGGAGGUCAUCGCCAAGAUCCAGGAGGAAAAAGACGAGAUGGGUGUCUGGGCCGUGAGCAGGGCAUCGCUGCUGAGAGGCGCGGGUAAGCUGGACGAGGCGAGGACACUCUUGCAGGACAAGAUCCUUGCCCACGACAAAUCUGUCUUCAAGGGCACGAUGAAAGAUGACUAUGUCAUGCCAGCAGCAGUCUACGAACUGGGCGCCAUCGCAUGGACCGAGUGCUGCAACCCCCCAGAGGGCGAAAAGGAGCAAGUUCUCGAGUACAGGAGGCAGAAGAUGCUGGAGUGCGAAGAGCAGAUCAACAAGGUCAAGGUCUGGGAGGCGUACGUGCUGGAUGCCAGAAUCGGAAUGCGGGCGACGAGCGGUCUGGAGACGCUGGCUUGGUUCAAGAAGAAGAAUGGUUGGUGA